UCUCUUACAACAGGAGCUGGCCGACAAUUUCGUCAUCGCUCGUCCUUGAUUAACCUGAAAGCUUCAUUGUCCAUGGCAUCAAGGGCUCGCGUAGCUGUGCUUUACCAAAGUCUCGACCCUCCCAUUAUUGAUGGGAUUCAGAAACCAAAGAAGCCCGGAGGUUACAUGGACUCCGGCGCCGAUAUCGCCUACAACUUGAGCCUAUCACCGAACGUCGAUGUCAUCUGCCCUCACAAUGCUCCCAAACCAAGUGAACAAGCUGGAUGGUCGUUUCCCGAUACCGAGGAUGGCAUUCUAGAGGCUGUCAAGAAGGGCGCAAGCCAUGUAUGGGCCAACACGAUCCUCUUCUCGUCGCAUCCUCUUCAAGUAUCAGCUCGUCUCGCGGAGCAUCAAGACCACAUUAAGGUUGUGGGGCAAGGCCCGUUGAUUGUUGAGCGAUACGACGACAAAGAAUUUGUGAACAAUCUACUGCGGAAAAUUGGCGGGUUUACUAUGCCACGAGCAUGGACCCUAAACGAGAGCCAAGACACUCAAGGGACUCUUGAGAAGCUUGACCUCCCUUUCCCGAUUGUCGCAAAGCCUAUACGUGGCCGUGGCAGCCAUGGCGUUCGUGUCUGUUGCAGCUUGAAGGAACUCAUUGAACAUGCACAGGCCUUAUUUAAAGAAUCACCCUCUAUCAUGGUGGAAGAAUAUCUUGCCGGCGAAGAGGCGACUGUUACGGUUAUGCCGCCUACAUCGAGAGGAGGUAGUUACUGGGCAUUGCCUGUUGUGACGCGUUUCAACCACAUCAAUGGCGUUGCUCCCUACAAUGGCGCCGUCGCAGUCACAGCAAACUCAAGGGCGAUAACCGCCACGGAGGGGAGCCAGGCAGCAAACAAACAGGUGGCAGAGGAAUGCGAAAGGGUGGCACAAGCGUUGGCGGCGACAGCGCCAAUUCGAAUUGAUGUCCGCAGAUUCAAGGACUCGGCCGACUCCAAGUUUGCCUUAUUUGACGUGAACAUGAAACCGAACAUGACGGGUCCUGGUCGACCUGGGCGCGAGGAUCAAGCAAGUCUCACCUUGUUGGCUGCGGAGGCCCUGGGUUGGGACUACCAGGAGCUGCUGAGGCGCAUUCUUGAUACGUCGUCCACGUUGAGGACGCUCAGAGACCUAAAGCCUCGAGAAUCGGUGUGA